UGUCACUUUCGUAGAAAUUUCGACUGGAUGUGUUAUGUGUGUUUAUAAUAAUAAAUAAGAUGACACAACUGCUCCAAUGAAAACCUUACAACUUUUCUACAUACAAAUCUUCUCACCAAACUCUUCUACUUAACAACAACCCUCCCAGAUCUCACAAUUUCAUUCACCCCUCCCUCAAAUCGCAUCUCUAAUUUCGAUAUCUACCAGAUUAAUUGCAGUAAACCAAAACCAGAGAGAGAGAGAUGGAUAAUAACAAUAAUCAGCAAUCGUUUUGGCAGUUCAGCGACCAGUUAAGAGUCCAGACGCCUCACAACCUGGCGAAUCUGUCGUUAAACGACUCCAUCUGGAGCACCAAACGCACCGACGGCCGUAGAAACUUCGACAUCGCCGCCUCCGACAAAAACCAUGUCGAGUAUCACAACAACAACAACAACAAGGCUUCUUCCGACAUCAACAACAAGUCUUCUUCCACGUGGAACAACUGGAAGCACUCCAUCCCCAACGGUUUCGGACCCGUCGGCUCAAAAUCCACAUCCACCACCAACGUCAAUUUCAACCACACCGACAAACUCACCACCAGCCCUUUCAACGACACGUGGCAAUUCAACUCCGACAACGUCAACGGCGGUUUCAACAAGGGCAUCUACUCUUCUCCAUCCCCCGCGCCCAAGAGCAGCUAUGGCUUCAACUUGAAGAGCAAAGGGAUCAUCAAUGAAGAUCAUCAUCAGAUCCCCAAGAAGAAUAGGAAGAAUCAGAAUCAUCAUAAGAACAACAACAAGAAAGAAGAUGAUGGUUUGGACAAGAGGUUCAAGACUCUUCCUCCCGCGGAGGCUCUCCCCAGGAACGAGACCAUCGGCGGCUACGUCUUCGUCUGCAACAACGACACCAUGGAGGAGAAUCUCAAGCGCCAGGUUUUCGGUUUGCCUCCCAGGUACAGGGACUCCGUCAGAGCCAUCACUCCGGGGCUUCCUCUCUUCCUCUACAACUACUCCACUCACCAGCUUCACGGUAUCUACGAGGCGGCGAGCUUCGGGGGAACGAACAUUGAGCUGAACGCUUUUGAGGACAAGAAAUGUCCGGGAGAGUCUCGGUUCCCUGCUCAGGUGAGGGCUGUGACGAGGAAGGUGUGUUUGCCGCUGGAGGAAGACUCUUUCAGGCCCAUUCUGCAUCACUACGACGGCCCUAAGUUCCGCCUCGAACUCAGCGUCCCUGAGGUGCUUUCUCUUUUGGACGUUUUUGCUGAGCAAAACCCUUGAGUUAACAAAACAACCUUGAAGACAGGUGUUGAUGCUCUGCAUUAUUAUUAUAUGUUUACAGAAAGAGAGAUGUAAUACCCGUUUACUAGUAUAAAGAGUAUUAAUAAUUGUCUCCAGAAGAUAAAAAUGGUGGUUGUGUUUAUACAGUUUUCGGUUUCUUUUUAGUAUGUUUCUAAAUUACUAUUUUCUCAGAGUAUAUGUGAGAAAUUAGAUAAGGAGAUGUGUGGGUAGAAGGAUAAACCAGACAAUCAUCUUUCACUUGUUUCGUGUAAAGUAAAUCAGUUUGUACACCCAAAA